AUGGCUACCCGUAACAGCUAUGUCAGAUUCGAUGACUCGGUUGCCGUACGUGUAAUUCCUGAAUGGAUCUUGGACAACAAGAAGGAUUUCAUUCCUCCAGUAUGUAAUAAAUGCAUGUUUUCUGAUCAAUUGAAGGUUUUUUUCGUUGGUGGACCUAAUUCUAGAAAAGAUUAUCAUCUGGAAGAAGGGGAAGAAUUUUUCUACCAAAGAGAUGGCGAUAUGGUCCUAAAAGUAAUAGAGAAAGGUAUUAUGAAGGAUAUUGUAAUCAGAGAAGGCGAGAUAUUCUUGUUGCCAUCAAGAAUCGAACAUUCUCCACAAAGAUUCUCGAACACUGUGGGUUUCGUCGUAGAACGCACCCGUGACAACACCGAAUUCGAUUGUGUCAGAUAUUUUGCUGGCCAUUCAACAGUGCGUUUGUAUGAGCGAUGGUUGCAUCUGGUAGAUGUGGUCAAAGAUCUUCCACCACUUAUAAAACAGUUUCACGAAUCGAAUGAAUACAAAACUGAUACUCCCGGGGAGAACAGUUUCAAGAUAACUGCACCAUUCGAACCUCGUUACAUAGACUUGGACAAACCUAUCAACAUAAAAUCUUUCAUUCUAUCGCAUAGUGCGCAGCUUAUGACUGGGCCAAUUCAAAUUUAUGGAGCUCCAAAAUAUGACACAGAAGUUAUGCUUCUUGGCAAAGGAACUUAUGAUAUGCAUAGCGGUAAAGUAGAGCUUCUGCUCUGGAUUCAGCCAGACUCCUUCUGUGUAUUGAUGACAGGAGGAACAACAUAUCCUAUGCAAUCAGAAACUAUCGCUUGUCUAAAACCCGGAACAGAUAGCGUUCUGGAGAUCAUAAGAGGACACGUAGUUUCAAUCAGAAUGGUUCAUUAG